UUCCCUGCCUGCACCCCGUGCCAACCCUGUGCCGUCCUGUGGGCGGACAACGUCACCGACGUCCACCGUGCCGCCCAGAGGAUGCGUACCUUUAUGCCUUGCAACGGUGAGCAACUAGAGCCAGGAUACAGUCGUCGGUGGGAACGCAUGCUGGAGAUGCACUCCAAGUUGGACUAUCUGGUGAACCUGACUGGGAGAUUUCUACCUCGGGUGAAGGAUGUGGAGAAGUUCUGUGUCAGAAUCUCGAAGCUCAAAGACACCAUAGAUCCCAACGGCAUCAUCAUGGACCUAACGUCUAUUCUGAACACUGAGAUCGACAACAUCCGAAGUUCAAGAUACCAUUGGAUAACUUAAAGGACAAAAUCAGCGAGGAGCCAACAGUAGAUACAGUGAAAC